CAGCAACGCCGUUGUGGUCGCUGCGUGCUGGCCUUUGUGGAACUUUUGAGCCUUGUGGAAUUUUGCCAACUGAUAGUACUGUUGUCGCAAAAAUGAGCCGAGAAAGCCCCAGUACACCGUCGACGGAGGCAGGCCAAAAUGUCGACAGCACACCAGAUAGCCAGUCAACCGAGAAGGCCCCUGUCAGUGAGCCCCUUCAGGCUGUUCCAAGUCCCCGCGGGGAUAUGCCUGCGUGGAAGUGGCACGGCAGCAUUGUUGUGCUGCUACUCACGACUGUAAUCAACGGAUACGAUGUGAGUAAUGUCGCCAAUAUCCAGGCCCGUCUGUACGAGGCGUUUGGCAAUAUCGAGCUCCUCCCGUGGAUUGGCCUGUCCUACAGCCUCGCCAGCUUUGCUGUCCUCGGCCUGUCACGCAAGAUCUUGUAUUGCUUCAAUAUGCGUUGGAUCUAUAUUGUAAAUGUUGUGAUCUUCAUGGCCGGUGCUGCUGUUGCUGGGGCUGCGCCGAAUAUUUCUGCUGUGAUUGUCGGCCGCAUCAUAAUGGGCGUGUCUGGUGCGAUUGUCUAUCAAAGUAAUCUGACAUUUGUCGCCGUCUUUGCCUCACCUACCGAGACCCCGCGUCUAUUCGGUCUCCUGAGUGCAACCUGGGCCAUUGGGCUGGUGAUAGGAGGCCCCAUUGGGUCAGCCCUAGCUGCCAACCACCACACCACCUGGCGCUGGGCCUUCUAUAUGAACCUCCCGUGGGUCGGCCUCGCACUGGUCCUGAGCCUCUUCUGCAUCCCCAGCAAAUACCUAGGCCCAGACAUCCCCAUUGUCCAGCGAAUCGUGAAAAUGGACCCCAUCGGCCUAAUCCUCAACAUGGCCUCUCCCGUCCUCUUCGCCGUGGCCCUCGAAUUCUCCGGCUCCAUCUGGAACUGGUCCGACGGCGCCACCAUCGCCAUCUGGGUCCUCUUUGGCGUCAUCACAAUAGCCUGGUUCCUGCAGCAAUCCCUCUGCAUCUUCACCACCCGCGAAGAGCGCUCUAUCCCCCUCCACCUCCUGCAGCGCAUGGACCUCCUCCCCCUCUGGGUCGCCUCGGGCUGCGCAGGCGCCUCCUACGCCGUAACCCUCUACUACACACCGCUGUACUUCGCCUUCGCCCGCGGCCACGGCGCCCUGCAGCAAACCGUCCGCCUCCUCCCAUUUAUCCUCGUCUUCAUCGCAGUCGUCAUCCUCGUCGGCGGCUCUCUACCAAAGAUAGGCCGCUACGCGCCUGUAUAUCUCCUCGCCGGCUUGGCGACCAUCUCCGCCGCAGCUGGAAUGGCAGCGAUAAUGCCUAAGCCAUCCACCACCGAAUCAACAAUCAUGGGCCUGGAGGCUCUGAUCGGGAUCGGGCUGGGCUGCUCCUUCCAGCACGGCGUGGGGAUCUCGAAUGUAAUGAACCAGAAAUCCCCGCGGGACCGGGUUGAUUCUGCUAUCUUGUUUAAUAUGGCGCAGAUGGGCGCUAUUGCGAUUGUUCUUGCUGUCGCGGGGUGUAUUUUUCAUAAUGUCGGGUAUAGUCUGCUUAAUGAGGCGCUGGGGGGGAGGGGAUACUCUGAGCAUGAUCUGCGGGAGGCGCUUGCUGGUGUUUCGUCUGUUGUGUGGCAGUCGCGGGAUCCUGAGGUUAUUGAACGGGGCGUCGAGGCCGUGGCGAGUGUGAUUGGGAGGGAGUUUUAUCUUGUUGUUGCUGGGGGUGCGAUUUGUUUGGUUUGUGCGCUGCUUAUGAAGUGGGAGAGGUUGGAUUAUGGGCUGACGAAGGAAACGAAGGCUUGAUGGUAUUCGUGUGGUUAUUUUAUUGCUGUCGAGGAUUUUGGAUUGGAAUCCGUUGCUUUAUCUAUAUAUUUAAUGAUAUGUCACUAUUAAUCUAGUAGAGAUACGAAUCACGGCCUGUAUGAGCAGCGGCUCUACUAGAUUAUUUUAGACGAAC